AUGUCACUGCGGUCCGCAGUCAUGUUCUCUGACGACCACCAUGUCGGGCCUUUGUCGAUCGACACCCGGCGUUCCAGCAUCGAACGCACGCCGUCAAUCCACGAAGAUGCCGGAAAGGCAACCGUGGAGUUGGCCUCUAUCAUGACAACCGCCUCCAACCCCGUCUCGCCCGGUGCCUCCAGCCCGCACCUCGAUCAAGUCCGCCUGCAGGACUUUGUGCCGCCCACCCGGCCGAGCAGCACUCCCUUUCCACAGCCCGAGCACGGAAAUGUCGACAUUCGCUGUAUCAGCUGCCCAGCCGGCAUGGACGUCGACUCCGACGGCUCUCCCGAGUUUCCUCCUGCCUCCCUCAAUCAGCCCAAGGAGUCCCUAGGCAUGAACCUAAACGACCUUCCCGCCGAGAUUCACGAAUGCAUACUCGACCAUCUGUUUGGAUAUAGGGUAUCGGCGUCAUCCAAGAGCUCGGUAGGCAUGCCGAGCGUCACCAGAAGUUGGGGCACGGCGCUCAGACAUUCGAGGAGAAAGGAGUUGUCGGCGUUGGCAUUGGUGAGCAGCGUGUGGAGGGUGCUGAUCCAAGAGCGGCUGUACCGCCAUAUCAAGCUGAAGGCGACAGUAGAGUCCAUCAACGAAGCCUUGGUGUACUUUGCAAGACAUCCAUAUCUACGCGAGUAUGUGAAGCACAUCGAAAUAUGGUUUGCCGUCUUCCAACCGAGAAACGGCACCAUUAUGCCGCCUGUCAUCCCUCCUAUCUCGCUUGACGGGCUGAGCAAUGCUUCAUAUGUCAUACCGACGAACAACUGCUCUCUCGAAGAAGCCUUUUAUUUCAUCAGCACAACGUUCCCCGAAGUUUGCGUCCUGACGUUGGAAGGAGGGGAGAGAAAGAAGGCACCAAAGGUACGGCACUAUCUACGAGAUGAGGGGCAUCUCAAGCCAAUGCCAAAGAUGAGAUCAGUUCGGACAUUGGUUUGCAAGGGCCAGUGGAAUCUCAUACGCUCAGAUGACGAUUUCGAUUCCAUCGUCUCCGCCUUGCCCAACCUGGAAGAGUGGCAUGGUUCUUAUAGCAAGGCCAAGUCCAAGGCGUAUCUUAGCAUGGCUACGAUUCUACCGAAACUACCCAAAAGCUUGACGAGCAUCAGCGUCAACCUGGAAGGCGUCGAAUAUCGAAGGGAACUAUCCUUCCCCCCUUACUUCCUAAAAGUGUCCAACAAGCUCCAUUUCUGCACCAGGUUGGCAGAAGCUGCCUCGAGUUUGGAGCAUCUCUCCUAUACUGGACGAGUAUGCCGGGUCUUCUUCGAGCUAACGUCGAGACUGGCGGAUCCUCGCAAUUCACGAUUGAAGAGCAUCGAUCUCACGGUACGCAAUUGCUGUCGUCAUGUGGUGCACUGGAACGAGUCCGGGUCGGGCAUUACCGACAUGAACUUUAUCAAUGCUUUUGAAGCGCUGGUACUUGCAGGCAUCCGCUCUCUGGCGAAACUGAAAGCAGUGGAGUACCUCCGUAUCCGCUACGUCGACCUAGACUCCCCUGUCCCGCCACUCAAUCCCUACUUCCUCCUUCGCGAUGGCUGGUGCUCGGGUGUAUGGAGUGAUGCAAUCGUGGCGGAGCUGAACCGAGUCCGCCCACAGGCUCGGUUCGAAGAGCUAUCCGAAUCAUUUGGCGAGUUCGGUUUAAACAAGGACGGUAGAAUGGUCAUUAGUCCCGAAUUUCCUCGCAGUCGGGUCCUGUCAUUGAAACUGUCCAACUACCAAUACCUGACUGGCGGAGUUGCGGUGCCUUAA